AUGCGGAAUAGAUCGUACUCUCUAGAAAAUACCUAUGAAGUCGAAAGCUCGUCUCCACCUCGUUUGAGACACAGUUGCUUCACUAAAUUCCUUCAAUUUCUUAUUGACAAUUGGUUUAUGCUGUCAACUAUUUUGGGAGUCAUUAUUGGCUUCGGGGUUGGUUUCGUCCUACAAAAGACGCAUCUUUCCCAUCAAGCGAAGAUUUGGCUCGAUGUGCCUGGAAAAAUCUAUUUUCGUAUCCUACAACUUACUAUAUUACCUAUGAUAGUUGCUAACAUUAUCACUGUUCUAGCUAGCUUGAACCCAAAAGGAAAUAGCAAAAUGUGCAGCAUUACGAUAGCUUGUUUAAUAAUUUGCAAUCUCGUAUCGUCACUUAUUGGACUUACUUUCGGGUUGCUUAUAUUACCUAAUUCAUUCUUAAAUGGUUCGACCUCACUUCGUUCAUCAGGGAAUGAUCCUGACAAGUUGGGAUACAUCUUCCGUGAUCUGCUUCUAAAUAUAUUCCCAGAGAACUUGAUUAGCAUGACUAUAAGUCAGACAAUGACAAAUAUAUCAAAACCGAUUGUAAAAAAUGGGGAAAAGACCUAUACCGCGGAGGAAAUUCCCGGAACUAAUAUGAUUGGUGUGCUAUUCUGCUCCAUUGCUUUCGGUAUUGCAGCGAAUGCAACGAAAGCUAAAGGAGCUGUGUUCAAGGACUUUUUCUCAUCGUUGGGAGAUGUGGUUAUGUAUUUGAUGACGAAAUUCCUUCUAACCACUCCCGUUUGUGUAAUGUUUAUGGUCAUAAGUUCGGUUGCGAAUGUUGAGGAAGAUCUUGGCAAAACUUUCAGCACUCUGGCACUGUUUGUUGGAGUUAACUUCAUUGGUCAAGUCACACAUCUAAUUCUCCUGAUGCUUUUGACGGUCUGUCUCGGUGAAAAUCCCCUCAAGAUGUUUCGUCACUCGCUUCCUCCCUACUUCAUUGGCUUUGCCGCCACUUCCGCAAUCAUCUCUCUGCCGAAGUGCUACGACAGUUGUGACAAGUAUGGCAUGCCAAAGUCGGUUUCACGAUUUGUUCUCCCAAUUGCUGGCACAAUGAAGAGUGACGCGUCGGCCAUUUUUAUUGUUUCUGCAGUCUUCUACACAGCUCUGGAUUCCAAUAUCUCUCUGAAUGUUGGCAAAAUGGUCAUCGUUGUCAUUCUCGCCACUGUCUAUGUGACUGCUCUCCCCAAUAUUCCAAGCUCCAGUAUGGUCGUUGCAACCACAAUCCUCUGUUCCAUUGGUAUUGGACCAGAAAAAGCAAUGAUACUCUACGCAGUAGAGUUUAUCAACGAUCGAUUAAGGUCGGGAAAUAUCGUUUUCUCUCAUCUCUACUGUGCUGUGUUUGUAUACCAUACUUGCAAAAAUGAUAUUGUGGAGGAAAUUGAAGAUGAAAACAAUCCCAACGAAUUGAAUGGCAUAAAUAGAAGGAAAUACGUUGAAGAGAAACUCUUUGCUCGGAAUUGA